GAGCGUGACGACAUAACUGGUACAACCGCAGCCAGCACAAGAUGGCUGAUUGAAACUGAAUCAUAUGAAGGCAUUACUCCCAUGAUAUCCAUUUGAGGGCGCUGUACUCACUGGCAGCCGGAUCACCUCGCCCUUCUCACAUUCAAGAGGAUGGUGUUUUGCAUAACUGGUUCAACUGAACCAUUUUCCCCGAGACAACAGUGAUGUGACAGGCUGCUCAAGGGGAGAGAACCAACGACGACACUGCCCUGAAACCUGGUCACUUGGCUGUAGGCACACCAACCAGGUGUCACUGAAACUCUCGUGGAAUUCACGUGACUCGGGAGUCAUCACCGUAAGGUGGGAGAUUAUUGAAAUGUCCUUUACCAUCGCGUUCACGACCUCUGCAUUCAUAUAGCGUUGUCUACCACAAAGAGGACCGGUAUAAGGCAGAUCAAGAUCAACAUGGCCUUCAUUCGGCAGCUCCGGCUGCUUAUGUGGAAGAAUUACCUUCUACAACGUAAAAAGAUUUGUGUGACAGUCUUUGAAGUUCUGUUACCUCUGCUGUUUGCAAUGAUAUUUUUCUUCAUGAGAUUUCUGGUAGAUAAGGGACCUACGCCAGCGAGAGUGUAUUACCCCAGCCAGGUGACAAGGCAACUGAAUAGUUAUAACUAUGAGGAGGUUCUGUUCACACCCAACAAUACCCUCAUCAAUGGGCUGAUUACGGGUAUCAACGAAACCGUUAACAACAAAACGUCCAUAUUUAGUUAUCAUUCAGACACACUUACGUUGAAAGGAUUUUCAUCGAGGAAAGAUAUGCUGGACUACUUCAGAUACAAUUCUGAACAAGUCGGCUUUGCUGUUGAAUUUGAAAACGUUGGACUGGCAGACACCGUCAUGCCCAAGAAACUGCGGUACGCCAUUCGUCCCAAAGGUCACCAAUAUGGAGGUUGGCACACCACUGAAAUUAGUUACUUCGGGGCUUUUCUGGAACCAAGAUCCAUCUUCAAUCCAGACUAUAGCGACUUUAUGAGACUGCAGCGUAUUUUUAACGAAGCCAUCAUCAAACAUUUCAACAAGAACUCAACUGCUACACUGCAGAACCUGGAUGUACAAAUGCUCCGAAUGCCAUACCCGCCUUACGUUACGGACGGUAUGAUUCUGCUGCUGCAGUACAUGUUUCCUGUGUUACUGAUACUGAGCUUCAUCCUGAUGGCCAUCCAGACAACAAAGGGAGUUGUCUAUGAGAAGGAAAGAAAACUGAAAGAAUCCAUGAAGCUGAUGGGUCUGAGAGCUUCAGCUCACUGGACGUCUUGGUUCCUGACCAGCUUUAUAUACAUGUUGGUUGUUAUGGCCCUGUAUAGUGUGCUGUGUGGAGUUAACGCAAGUGAAAAAGGACCUGCUCUGGCCGAAUCAGAUCCCACCCUGUUCUUUGUGUUCCUUCUCUGUUACGGCGUCUCCAUCAUCUCCUACUGCUUCAUGAUCAGCGUCUUCACUCAAAGAGCAAACAUCGGAGCAACUCUCAGCGGGAUUGUGUUUUUCAUCUCCUACUGCCCGUACUUCUACCUAGCUCUCAUUUACCGAAACAUGUCGAGGCCAGCUAAGUUGGCUUCCUGUCUCCUGUUCAACGUGGGAAUGGCCUUUGGUGCAAAUGUCAUAUCACUCUAUGAAGGAGCUGGCUCUGGUGUGCUGUGGUCGAAUUUCCAUGAGCCCGCUACUGUGGAUGACAACUUCUCCCUGUUGGACGCCAUGUUGAUGUUGCUAGGCGACACGGUAAUUCAUCUCCUCGUCACCUGGUAUCUGGACAAUGUCUGGCCAGGGGAGUUUGGUGUGCCGAAACCAUUCUACUUCCCCUUUACCGGCUCCUAUUGGUGUGGAACUAAGCAGACCAAUGCUGAUUAUCCAAGUAGUCAGCUCUUGGAUGAGAAGCACUUUGAGACGGAACCAACUGGUAUGAAGACUGGAAUAUCCAUCCAAAAUCUCAAAAAGGUGUUCGGUUCCGGAUCUAAGAAGAAGGUAGCUGUGGAUGGGAUGAGUCUCAACAUGUUCGAGGGUCAGAUCUCUGUUCUCCUGGGUCACAACGGCGCUGGAAAAACUACAACCAUGUCUGUUCUUACAGGUUUCAUUCCUGCAUCUGGAGGCACCGCCAUUGUGAACGGCAACAUCGACAUCCAGAGUGUCCGGCAGAGUCUAGGUCUCUGCCCUCAACACAACAUCCUGUUUGACAGCCUGACUGUCCAGGAACAUCUGGAGUUCUUUGCCUGUUUGAAAGGCUGUCCGACCAAGAAUGUUCAAUCUGAAGUGACCACUGUGAUAAAUGAUGUUGGCUUGAGUAUGAAGAGAUUCACAGAGUCUCAGCAUCUCUCUGGAGGACAGAAGAGGAAGCUUUCUGUUGGCAUUGCUCUGAUUGGAGGAUCCAAGAUCGUUAUCCUGGAUGAGCCGACUUCCGGUAUGGAUCCUGCAUCCAGAAGACAGACAUGUGACAUCCUUCAGAGGAACAAGCAGGGCCGGACCAUGUUGCUGACCACUCAUUUCAUGGACGAGGCUGACCUUCUGGGUGACCGCAUCGCCAUUAUGUCAGAAGGGGUGGUCAAGUGCUGUGGAACAUCCUACUUCCUGAAGAAGCUCUAUGGGGCUGGCUACCACCUGGUGAUGAUGAAGGAACCCACCUGUCAGGUGGCAUCAGUGACGGCAGUUGUCCAGCAGCACGUCCCUACAGCAGUCAUGGAGGGUGAGAUCAAUGCUGAACUCUCCUACCUGCUGCCUGAUGACCAGUCAGCCAAUUUUGCUGCUCUCUUCAAUGAGAUUGAAACACAGAGGGGAAAGCUUGGCAUAUCUAGCUUUGGUGCAAGUGCAACUACCAUGGAGGAAGUGUUUCUCAAAGCGGGUGAGGAGGAACAAGAGUGUGGAAAUGCCAAUGAAGAUUAUCCUACAGGAUCAAGAAACAAUUUGAUAUCAAGCGGAAUAUAUGGUUGGAGCAAUGAAAAUUAUGAACUGAGAGACAGGGGCACGGCUGAUAUGUUAGCAUUCAACCAGGGCUUCACAAAAACCAGAGGAAUACUCCUGGAGUUAUCCCGCUUCAGAGGAAUGUUUGUAAAGAAGGCUCUUCACACAUGGAGGAACAAGACCAUCACCAUUGUCCAGCUUCUGUUGCCGGUUAUUUUCACCAUUGCUGCCCUGGCUAUCAGCAAAGUGGAGCCUGGAGAAGCUGUCGAGGUUCCAUUAACUUUACACUUGGCACCAUUCAAAGGCACCUACGUCCCAUAUCUUUAUGGUCCAAACCAAAGCAGCUCGGACCAUCUGUCACAGGCCUUUGCACAAACAUACCAUGAUCAGUUAGUAGGGACUGAAAACAAACCUGAGAUGAUAAAUGUGUCGAAACAUGAUGUGACAAGCUAUUUCCUAUCAAGAGCAAAAGACCUUGGAAUCGGAGGAUACAACAAGAAAAUGAUCAUUGGAGCUCAGUUCAAAUCUAAUAAAGAAGCAAUUAGUUUUUUUAAUGGACAAUCCUAUCACAGCCAGCCCAUAUCUUUGUCGUUCAUGAUGAAUGCAAUCCUAAAACAUUUUACAUCUCAAGAUCAUUCCAUCAUAACAAUCAACAACCCACUUCCAUCUGAUGCCCAAAAAACAUCGGAAACAUCAUUUGUAGCAGUACUUUAACUUGGCUUUUCUGUGGCUUUUUGUCUUAUCUUCGGCAUGGCCUUCCUAACUUCUUCCUUCGUGUACUUUCUCAUCAAGGAGAGAUUGGUGGGCGCCAAACAUCUUCAGACUGUCAGUGGAGUUGGACCGUUUGUCUUCUGGUUGUCCAACCUGGCCUGGGACUACAUCAACUACCUGAUUCCAUCCUUUUUGCUGUUGAUUGUGUUUGCUGGAUAUCAGAUACCAGCAUAUACCGAAGAUGGGAGAUUGGGCAUCGUGUUCCUCGUCCUGCUGGUGUAUGGUUUGGCAGUUCUGCCAUUCAUGUAUGCACUUCAAUAUAUGUUCAAGUCGCCUCCUACCGGGAUGGUUGUCAUCAUCAUCUUAAAUAUCAUCACAGGUCUUGCAACCCUGUUAACAGUCCUCAUGCUGACCCUCUUAGGAGAGGAAACUGAGGCAAAUAUCACUGACUGGGUGUUUCUCCUCCUUUUUCCUCACUACAGUUUUGGCAAGUCCUACAUGGAUAUGUACAGCCACUAUCGGUACCAGGAAGGUCGGUUUUCAUGUUUACUUCUAUAGACAUAGACU